AUGGGCAGCAUUGACAAGGUGGUGGUAGACCGUGUGUCACUGCCGCAAGAUCAACCCAAAAUUUUAUUUAGAUUGCCUGAUGGCAAGACUUCCAUGUGGGUUGAGACUCUUGCUUCGAACAAGUGCACCGUCGUAUAUCACGUUGGCCAGGGGCAAGCUAUUCGGUCCCGAUGGACGACUGCUUGCGAGCAUGUGAGAGUUUCGCCGCCAAUGGUCAACGACGAUGUGACGGAGUAUGACAAUCUCUUCCAAUUCGAAAUUUCAAAGACGGACGCAUCCACAAUCGCAAUUGGGGGCAAGGCUGGACACGAGGACAUUGCGUUGCUAUGGGCUUCUAUAUACGCUCUGUGGCUUCACCCCCAUCUUAGGGAAAAGGACUUGAUCGCCAUUGUCGUCAACGACGGACGACUUGGAGAAUAUCUACGGAGCACUGGUUUGGGAGUCAUCUCCCCCUUCUCCAGGAACGGAUCCACGACGACCGUGGUUCCUAAAGACGCUCACUUCUGGCUUCACCGUGAGGCCUUCUGGCAAGGCGCCGGAGCGCCAGACUGGCAGAACUGGAUCCGCAGCCGUCCCGAGGUCACUCAAUUCCCCGGCUUCAAUGGCACAAACGGGAGCUUCCCCAGCCAGAUAGGCUUCACCCGGCAGGGCAAUGUCUGCACUGUUCAUCCGGUGCGGCCACCUAAGCCUGCUCCAGGGACUUUGCUCUACUCCCGAUACAUUCUCGACGUUGGUGAGCAGCUACGAAUCUACCAUAUUGAUGCCGAAAACCCUGUUCACUUUCGACUUUACGCUAAUUGGCAGAACUCGGAUCGUGUGAAUGCCGGAUGGAGAGAGCGUGGCCCUGAUGAGCACCACCGCAAGUACCUCGCGUCACAAUUGGCAGAUCCGCAUACAAUGUCGUGUGUUUUCGAGUGGGAUGGCGAGCUUGCCGGAUACAUGGAGAUUGGAUUCGUCAAAGAGGACAAUGUGGCCUGUUUUAUCGGUUCCAACUGCAACAUCAUUGUUGGUGAACAUGACCAGAACACGCAUUUCCUGGUGGGCGAGGAGAAGUUCCGCGGCGCAAAACGAUACCAGGCCGCCAAUGGCUCCAUGAAGCACCUUGCCUUCCUGCGAGACCCGCGUACGAAGCAAAUUAUUGGCGAGCCACAGUACGACCAGAUCAGCGUCAAGCUCCAACAGAGAUUUCUCCCAAUAGAGCAAAAGAAGCGCUUCCAUCUGCCACACAAGACGUCAAUGCUAAUUGCCCUACAGCGAGACCGCUUCUUCCAGGAGGGCCACUUUGUAUAA